AGCAUCAAGCCACAGUUUGGUCCCACAAACAAGUCGGAGCAACAAAACAAAAGCUCCUGGGACAAAGAGACUCCUGGAGGACAAAACUUCCAGGUUUUCAUUCGCUGUCCUGAUCCAUGUGGUCUUCCAGGAAUCUCUGCUUUGACAACAAACGUGUGAGAAAAUAAUUGAACUGAAUGAAAAUGAAAUUUCUCAGAGAAACAUUGGAAGAAUUUUGCACAUAUCUGUUUCUACACAUUCAAACAUUGAAGGAUUUUGAGGAAUUUGGGGGAAUUAGAUCUCAGAUCUUGUGCAUAAAAAACCAGCAGCAGCUGAUGGAACCACAACCUGUCCCAGUACAGAAUGAUGGACAAACUGGACCUGCUGGACUCUUCAGGACGCACUAACAGGAAGAGCUGGACGAAGUAUUCCCAAACCUCGAGCUCCAGGAGUCGCUCACAGUCCACCGCCUCCAUUCCCAAACCAUCAUCCAAUCAGCAGUCAGCCCCCGGGUCUUCAUGGCGACCACCUGCUCCCGCCGCCUCCAAGCUUCCUGUGAAAGGUGUGGCGGCCGGCCAGAGCUCUUCGUCUGCGGGGAUCAGCGAGAUCAACGCGGCCAGCAGCAAAGCUGCCGGGUCGAAACCCGAUGAACCGCCCAGCAGAGGCAGCACCAGUGCUCCCAGUGCUCCCAGUGACGGCUCGUCCUGCUCCGCCCCCAAGCCUCCAGCGGCCGCCAUGAAGGGCAGAGCGCUGCCUCUGCAGGCCAGGGCGACGACAGGUUUGAAAAGCCCGACCGGCACCAACCAGAACGCCAUCAGAACUCCUGGCGGCCAGCCGGCGGCGAAGGCGGUGCCGCCCGGGUCGGCGAAGCCCCCGCUGCAGAGGAACGGCUCGACCCGGCUCAGUCGCCUGAACAGCACAGUGGACAAAAACAAGCCGCGGGAGGCGCCGACGAGACCCGCGAGCGGUGGCUCCCAGAUCACCACUGGGCACCAGCAGAACCUUCCCGCUGAGCCGGUUCCAGAUGUUCUGAACGGCAACAGCCCAGUAACACCAGCCCUCCCAGUCCCAUCUCCUGAUGGCUCCAGCGCCACAUCUGGUCCGCUGCACCCACCGGUCCGGGGCUCAAAGCCAGAACCGGGUCACGGUCCAGCCCUAAACACGGGCCCCGGCCGCAGCACGCAUCCCGACCCGGAGCGGCGCCGACGAAGCAGAACCAGAACAAAGAGCAGGUGGAGAGGAAGAACCAGGCCAUCGUCCAGCUGAGGAGGCUUCUGGUCCAGGGGAACCGCAAGGUGGAGGCGCUGGCCGCGGUCAUCCAGCACCUGUUCUCUGAGCGAGAGGAAACCUUGAAGAAGAAGAAAGAUCUGUCGUCAGAGCUGGAAAAGCUCAGAGCAGAGCUCGCGGCGGCGGCGCGGCGCUGCCAGAACCUGCAGGCGCAGAGGGAG